AGGAUCGUUCGAUGGGAUCCCGGUGGCGUGAUCUCCCCGCGCCCUGGGCGUCACACGUCCACGCCCCGCAGGAUUUAGGGAAAGCUCUGCCGCCAGCCUCACAGAAGGGGCCCCGAGUUCCCAGCCUUUGCCAGCCCGGGUCCGUGCCCCGUCCGCUCCUGCACACACACUAGGGACAAGCGUGGAGGAGAGGAGGGGAGGGCGCGGGAUUCCGCGAGGAAGGGGCUCCCUGCGCGCUUGGAGCUGCCCAGCAGUCCUCCCGGUGCUGCGAGCCCCUCCUCAGCCAGUCUAGAGGAAGUCCGCCUCGCGGCAGCCCCUCUUUGCAGCCCGGCUAGGCUUCGGACCCUCCCCUCGGAGUUAGAGCCCUCCAAGUUGAGCCGCGUGCGCGCUGGCCUUAGGCUCGGCGCCACUGGGACGCAGCUCGGGAAGGUGCGGGGGACGGGCUCUGACACACCCCUCGGACCCGCGCUCCCACACGGGGUCACCACACGCCCCCGGCAGCAUGGGCACCCCAGGGCUCCGGCUCCAGCUCUCGCCGCUGCUGCUGCUGCUACUGCUGCUCCCGGGGCCCUCGCCGGCCUGGGCGCAGGAGGACCACGAGGUCGAAGGAGACGACGAUCUCCCAGCGCUCGCCUUCCCCUUGAAGGAGGAUAAUCAAGCUGACCUGGUUCCGCAGCAGGCGCCGGCCGCCGCGGCCUUCUACCACAGCAACAAGGUGGGCGCGGGGCCGAGACCCCCAGGCACCGACAGCCAGCCGGGGCGCAGCGAGCUGCCCCUCCUUGGAGAUGAUGUAAUCCAGGAUAAGGGUUCUUCUCUGGUAAGGUGCAGCUCUAGUGAGCCAUGGGGAGGGGGCAGCUUUUCAGCUCUGGGAUCCAGGGGACUGUUAGACCGGAGGCAGAUACCCCAGCCAACCAGUGCACAUGGGAGUGCCACCCUUUGUCCACCAGGUCUGAUACUGACGCCCAUCAUUUCUAUCCUGACAGCAGCCCUCAAACAUGCCCCUUCUCUGCUCUCGCACUGCCACCCCCUGCUACAGGCUUUCAUCCGCUCAUACCUGGAUGAUUACAGGAGCCGCUGGCUCUGCCUCCUGGCUUCCUUGGCUUCCUCCCUUCUGCAAGACGCCUUUCUCAGCCUGCUCUCCCCCACAUCUUCCCCUUGUCUCCGAUGUCUGCUGCGCUCAUUGCCUCCUUGGGCUUCUCGGCAGGCACUGAAGUUACCACAUGUGGACUACAUCGAGGAAGAUGCCUUUGUCUUCGCACAGAGCAUUCCCUGGAACCUGGACAGGAUUGUCCUGGCACCAUCCAGAUCAGAGGAAUACAGUCCUCCCAAUAAGGGCGACCAGGUGGAAGUGUAUCUGCUGGACACCAGCCUCCAGAGUGGGCACCGGGAGAUUGAGGGGAAGGUCACGGUGGCGGACUUUGAGGACGUCCCAGACGAGGACGGCGCUCAAUUCCACAGCCAGGCCAGUAAGUGUGAGAGUCACGGCACCCACGUGGCCGGAGUGCUGAGUGGCAGGGAUGCCGGGGUGGCCAGGGCGGCCGCCGUCCGCAGUGUCCGGGUCCUCAACUGCCAAGGCAAGGGAACAGUGAGCGGCACCGCCAGGGGCCUGGAGUUCAUCCGCAGGACGCAGCUGGUCCAGCCCUACAGUCCCCUCAUCGUCCUGCUGCCCUUCGCGGGCGGCCACAGUCGCACCCUGAACGCCGCCUGCCGGCUCCUGGUGCGCUCGGGGGCGGCCGUGAUCGCCGCCGCCGGGAACUACAGAGACGACGCCUGCUCCUACUCGCCAGCUUCUGAACCCGAGGUCAUCACGGUGGGGGCCACAAACGCGCAGGACCAGCCGGCCGCCUUGGGGGCUCUGGGCACCAACUUUGGCCGAUGUGUGGACCUCUUUGCCCCGGGGGAGGACAUCAUAGGCGCCUCCAGCGACUGUGGCACCUGCUUUACCUCUCAGAGCGGAACGUCCCAGGCAGCGGCCCAUGUCGCGGGCAUCGCUUCCAUGCUCCUUAAUGCCGAGCCCAGCCUGACCGUCCCGGAACUGAGGCAGAGACUGAUCCAUUUCUCUGUCAAGAAUGCGAUCAAUGAGGCCUGGUUUCCUGAAGACCAGAGGCUGCUGACCCCCAACCUGGUGGCCCGGCUGCCAUCCAGGCUUGGAGCAGAGGAGCAGCUGUACUGCCGGACAGUGUGGUCAAGGAACUCGGGUCCAAUGCGGACAGCCAUUGCCACAGCUCACUGCAGCUGGAACGAGGAGAUGUUGAGCUGUUCCAGUUUCUCCAAGAGUGGGAAGAGGAGAGGAGAGAGAAUGGAGCUCCGUGGGGGCAGGAAAGAAUGUCUGGCCUUCAGUGCCUUUGGGGGACACAGAGUCUACGCCAUCGCCAGGUGCUGCAUUCUGCCCCGAGCCCAGUGCCACGUCCAGGCAUCUGACCAGCGCAAGGACAGUGGAGAGGUCCGUGCUCGCUGUGAUGAGGAGAGCCAUGUAGUCACAGGUUGCAUGUCCCAUUCCCAAAUGGAGGAGUUUGGGGACCAGGUGAAGCCCAUUAUGAGAAGCCAGCGUGGUCACAGCCAGUGCGUGAGCCGAAGGGAGAUGAACCUUCACGCUUCCUGCUGCCAUGCCCUGGACCUGGAAUGCAGAGUGAAGGAGCAAGUGAAGAAAGAGGACCACCUAGAGAAGGUGACUGUGGCCUGUGAAGAAGGCUGGACCCUGACUGGGUGCAGUGCCUACUCCCCCGGCCCACACACCCUGGGCACCUACCCUGUGGACAACACCUGCCUGGUUCGGAGCCAUGUUGGCAGCAGAGGAGGCCGGCCAACAGCCGCCAUCGUCAUCUGUUGCAGGAAGAGACCUUUGCCAGCCGACCAGAAGAAUUCCCAGUGAUAGCUUCCUGGCAGGAUUCCUGGCAGAGAAGGGAGGGAAGGAUCUUCCACGUUCUAUGUGUUGGGGGCUUCCCUCUUUUCUAAAUCUGCACUGACACCCGAUUCCUCCAGCCUCCUCCAAACCAUGCCUUGGUGCUAGCCGUUCCUCAGCUGCCCUGCUGGGUUUGGGCUUUGGCCUCCUAUGGCCUGACUUUCUGAGAAGACUCUUUGCCGCCUCCAAGGAAGGGCAUCCCCUCUGCCAAGGGUUCUGGUGAUUUUUGAGGGGUGAUGGGGAGCCCUCCCCCCCCCCCCCCCGGCUCUGCCCCAUAGUCUCUCCGCCCUCCCUGGUUCUUAUUAACGACUUGUUUCUGUGGCCCUUCUCCGAAAAUGAAAAUCUCUCUGCAGUGGUAGAGACUCACCAGACCUCCCAUAUGGACCAGCUCCAAUGAAGCGAGCCCUUCCAGAACUGGGAUACAAGUCCAAAGGCAACCCCUGGAGGCUUGCCAGAGAAGGGAGCAAACAGGUGUCAGGGCUGGGGGGAGCUCAGAACAGAGUUCCGUUCCAUCCCUGACUUCUACAGGUCAGCCAUUGGGAGCUGGACAUGCUGUCGUCUCGGUGAUGGCCCCCGGCUUCCCCUUGGACCCGGCGCCAGCCUGAGGCUCCCAGGCUGUCCCUCCAAGCCAGGUUGCUUCUCCUCUGCCAGACUAAAGCUGUAUGGACCACGAGCUCUUUCCUUGGCUUUUCAUUCCCAGCCAAUGCCUAGGCUCAAGCCAAGUGCGGAUCUCCAGGCCCGGCCCAACCAUCCCUAGAGAAGGGAAGGAGCCCAAGCGGGCAUUGAUGCUGCCCUGUCUCUUCUGGCCUUAAAGAACGUUGGUUCUGGGGCUUUCUCCCUUGUCCUGGGAUCUCCCCCGCCCCAAUCACAUCCCCUUUGUGGACAGCAGCUGAGCAGAGUGAAAAAAGCUUGGGAAAUGAAAGGGAGGCCCCGGGUUCAAAUUCUCUCUCCAGGGGACUCUCAGCAAAUCUCCGGGCUAGCUUGGGGCAAGCAGCAGCGUCUUCAGUUAAGAGAGGAUGUUGGGCUAAGCGUGGCCCCAGUGUGAUCCUCUGAAGGGGGGACUUGAGGGACUUCCGUCACAGAGAUUCAAGGACUUGGAUGGAGAAGACCCGCCCUUGUGUUCACUGGCUUCCCUCUGUCCUCGCAGCUCUUUUAUACCUUUAUAACCUUUUAUACCUUUAUUUUGGGAAGUCAGUCAACAGGCACUCCUUAACCCCCUGGAGCACGGCAGCUGUCGGGUCUUCCGGGAAAAUGGCUUUUUGAGAAGCCUUCAGGAGUCGGGCCAGAGUUCCCCGGACACGAGGCCAAGGAGGGGAGCUUCUGUCUGAUCCUGGAGGGGAGGGGGAGCCCCUGGGGCGCUAUUCAAGGAAAACCCCUUUGGUGGAGGAUGGCUCCUAGGAGAGCCGCUUCCGCAGCAGUCCAGGCAUGAGGAGAGCAGUGUGUACACCGGGGGUGGGAGAGGCAUCACGAGGGCGGGGGACGCGGGGACACCUUGUUCUGAAGAUGCUUUGGGUCUCCGCGAUGGGAAGCUCUGGGGCAGUUUGGGGGAUUCCAGGAAGGAUCGUCCUCCCUAUGGCGGAGGCCGCAUCCCGCUGCGUCGCUUGCUUUUCUCCAGACAUUAUUAAAGGGAGAAAUAACAAGGCUCAAAGGCCUGGGGUCUGGCCACGGCUUCCCUGCGUGGCGUGUCCCGCCAGGCUUUUCUGUUUCUGGCGUCCCUCCUGGAGAGGCUGGGAGAGCCCCUACCAGCAGCUCCCGAUGCCUGGACAGUGCUCGCCCCAGGGAGGGAGCCUUAGAGCCCGGCUGCUCCUCCUUCACCCAGAACGCUAGCCAGUAGCCUGGCGGUGAUUCCUCGCUUUGCUACGGAUGGUCGGGAACGAUUUCCUUUAAGAUGACCCCCAAAAGGACGGUUCUUCCCAAGCUCGUCACAGCCGUCCUCCCUCACCCAGAAGCCUCAGGCCAGCCGCUUUCCCUGUUGGCAAGCCCGGCUGCUCGCUGACCUCCGGAGCGCGGCUCCUUCUCCGGGGCAGGCGGACAUGCCCGGAAAUGGCCCUCGCUGGGGCUCGGUUCAAGAAUACCCUUUUCUAGGUUCCGCAUUUGACUUUUGUACUUUUUGAGUAUUUAUUCUGGGAUUAUAGAGUGACUUGUGGAAAAUAAAACAUUUUCAUACGCC